UCUGCGCAGUCGCGGCACGGCGGCGGGCGCUCGGCGGCGGCGGGCUGCGGCCGGGGAUGCUCCAACGGGCGCGAUGGCCCCCGCCAUGCAGCCGGCCGAGAUCCAGUUCGCUCAACGGCUGGCGUCCCACGAGAAGGGCAUCCGAGACCGGGCGGUGAAGAAGCUGCGCCAGUACAUCAGCGUGAAGACACAGAGGGAGACAGGAGGUUUCAGUCAAGAAGAACUUCUCAAAAUAUGGAAAGGGCUCUUCUACUGCAUGUGGGUGCAGGAUGAACCCCUUCUGCAGGAGGAGCUCGCGAGCGCCAUUUCCCAGCUCGUCCAUGUUGUUAACAACUCAGAGGCUCAGCACCUGUUCCUGCAGACCUUCUGGCAGACAGUGACCCGGGAGUGGACGGGCAUCGACCGGCGGCGCCUGGACAAGCUCUGCAUGCUGACCCGUCUGGUCCUGAGGCAGUCCUUUGAGGUUCUGAAGCGAAGCGGCUGGGAAGAAAGCCAAAUCCAGCUUUUCCUAGACGUCCUGAUGAAGGAGGUCCUGCACCCGGAGAGCCAGGCUCCGAGCGGCGUGAAGUUCCACUUCGUCGCUAUCUACCUGGAGGAGCUGUCCAGGGUGGGGGGGAAGGAGCUCUUGGCAGAUCAGAACCUCAAGUUUAUUGAUCCAUUCUGCAAGGUCGCAGCCAGGGCCAAGGACCACGCUCUGGUGCAGACCAUAGCCAGGGGCGUUUUUGAAGUCAUUGUAGAUCAGUCUCCUCUCGUGCCUGAAGGGACGCUCGGGGUACAGAAAGCCAGAGAGGGUGACAGCGACCUCUCUGAGGAGGAGACCUCGGAGAGUGACAUGGCCUGGAGGAGAGCCGCCGGCAAAAAGCCGCCAGCGCCGGGCGGACCUCAGUCCAGAAAGGAGGGCGUCGGGGACGGCGGACGGGACGACGCCGGGAGCUCGGAGGACGCCGGGCCGCUUCUCCAGUUUGACUACCGGGCGGUGGCCGAGCGGCUCCGGGAAGUCGCCACCAGCAAGGACGUCCCUCCCUUCAACAGGAAGCGCCUCUCCAGGCUGAUCAGGAAAUUCCGGGACCUCUCGGAAGGUGAGGAAAAUCAGAAGACUGUAACUGCAGGCAGGAUCCCUCGCCUCAGUUUUGCGGAGGACGCUCCUGCUGCCCCAGACGACCGAGCCCUCAGCCGGGGGAGGCGCAAGAGAAAGGCCUCGAAGCUCCGGGGGGACGCGGAGGUGGGACGGGAGCAAGGAACCAAGUCCUUCCCUGCCGAGGAGGAGGAGGCCGAAGGCGGGCUGCGCAAGAGGAAGAGGAAGAGGAAGAAGAGGAACCACCUCCGGCCUGCACAUCUAGGGCCUGGCGGCGAAGCUGUGUGCCCAGAGCAGAAUGGGAGCCGCGAGCCAGAAGCUGGUCCAGGAAAGGCCCAGCAGACGAGUGCGGCUGAGCUGGGGGCAGGGGCGGCGCCCUCGCUCAGCAGGAGGAAGCGCCUGAGGAAGAGGAGCCUGAGGGCCCAGGUGCAGAGCCCAGAGUCAGCAGCGUCCCCUCCAGAGGAUGCGGCUCCAGGUGGCCCCGCCAGCGGUCCCACUCAGGGAGUGGCCCUGGCCGGCGGCGCCCCAGUCCUGAAGAAGCAGCGGAAACUCGGGGCCCUUCUGGUCAAUGGCAGUGGCCCGCCCACGCGGGCCUGGCCCCCGCAGGAGGGCCCUCCAGCCAGGCCAGCAGAUGGAGGGGGCUGCCCCGCCGCCGUGCCCCAGAGUGGGGAACUGGGGAGAAAGAAGGGGGAGCCCGGCGGCCUUGACCUCCGCCCCCCGUGCGCUCGGAAAGCUGCCGUACUGAAAAAGAGGAAGAAAGUGAGCCAGAUGUCCCCCUUGGCGGCGCACAGAGGGCUCAAGCUCGUCCAGGCUCUGGGCGGCGCCGGGAUCCUCCGCCCUCUGAGGAAGGAGCUGAGGACGGAGAAGGACUUUGUGAAGUUCGAAGCCGCCUUCUCCCCGAAGCCCCUGUUCUUCAGGAAGGCCAAGAGCAGCACCACUGCCCCGCCGGGCACCCCCCCGCAGCCAAACAGAACACCGUCCAGCGCCAAGAAGGUGACCUUCGGGUUGAGCAGGAACAUGACGGCAGGCCCCGUGACGGCACCGGGGGCGGGCGGGUGCAGGACGGAAGCGCCAGCCGUUGAGUGGGGCCUUCGCCUUCCUCCGGGCAGAGUUCAGGAAGACCGACAAGAGCCUCUUGGUCAGUCCCACGGGCCCCUCCCGCGUGGCCUUCAACCCCGCGCAGAGGCCGCUGCACGGGGUGCUGAAGACGCCCACCAGCUCGCCGGCCGGCGCGCCCCUGGGGACCAGGCAGCCGCUGACAGCCACGCCAAAGAGAAGGCCCACGGCGAUGGACUUCUUCUAGGGUAGUAGCAGAGUCCUUUUAAAGACCGCUUUUGUACAGCAAAACCCAUAAAUUAUAACGUUUCAAAGAUGGGGCUUUGGACUGUUUUAUAAAUUCCCAUAAAUCGUGCACGGGAGGGCCUGGGCAGGAGCCGUGGCCUGCUCCUCCCGCCCUCGCGGCCGCACUGCGGGCCUCCCGGCUGAAGCUUUUGCUGCAAACGUCGUUUGUACUUGAGUCUCCAGGACUCCUCGCCGUGGGCAACCUCCGUGACCCUGCUGGGGCUGCGGGGCCGAGAGUGCUUCUCCUUUGUGAGGGCCUAUGGGGCCCCGUCCCCUGCUCGUGGGGUUUGAUGACCUGGGACACAGCAGCAACGCCUGCUCUUCCUGCGCAGGAGCCUCUGCUGCGGGCCCCCCACUCACCUUCCCGUGCCCUGGCUUUGCUGCCUACCUCGGGCCGGCCUAGGGUGUCCCCCGGGCGAGAGCCGCCACCCUCCUCGGUCUUGCCCAGGCCUGGCCCCUGCCCCACCCCCCAGGCACCCAGCACCUCCCCUCCUGCUUCCCGGUCCUUGGGCUCCAGCUGCUCUUGAUGGCAGACAUGUGAGCUGGUGGCCCCAAAGCAGCUUUCCCAUCUUGGAGCCAAACUCAUGUCUUCAGAGGCGCAACAGCCGUGUCUGAAAACCUGGGUUCCUGCGGGAAGGCAGACAGAAGCAGCCUUUCAGAAACUUGUCCAUGCGUAUUUAUUUGUUCAUAGAUACCUUUUUUCAAAUAUUGAAGCUUGCACUUGCAGGGUUUUAUAUAAAGUUCUGAUUUUAGUUACUUAGAACAGUCAGGGACUGAAGGCGCUCAAUUUGCUUUGGGGAAACAGAACUGCAGCGUGGGGAAGCGGGGCCGGGUGACGGACCUGGCCCGGGGAAGUUGCGUCUGUCCCCAGAGCCUGAACAGUGGACGAGAUGCAGGUUCCCAAACCUCAGGGAAGCCCCAGGAGCCCGGCUCUCUCUCGAGUGUGCACACUGGCCUGGCAGCCCGAAGGGGGCUGCGGGAUUUGGGGAGGACAUCAUUUCAGCUCUGGGCUCAGGGCAUCUCAGGCCUCCCCACGCCACUCCCCCAGGCAGAAGCACAACUUUCUCAGCAAAACCCCAUCAGUGCCCCCCCGCCCCAGUGCAGCGCCCCCGCCUCCACUGGGCUAAGAGGGAGCCCUGCCAGGGGUGGCAGGGCUGCUUUGGCUUGGUUCCCUGGAGCCUGUGCUCAGGAGGGGCCCCGUGAGGAGGAGGAGGUGUGAGCUUGGUCCUCUGCCUGCCCCCCGUGGUUUGCUCGUAACGAGGCCGCGAAGAAGCAAGUCGUUAGCAUCGAGUGUACAACAGCCAUUGUCACGAGAAGUCCCACGGACGAGAGAGCCGUCCACCUUUGCCGUGGGGGCUGCGUCUGCCUCGGUCCAGCCGGACCACCCUGCUGGUGUGGAAGGCGGGGUGUGAGUACUCAGAGCUUGUCAACAUCCUGCUGCUGUUAAGUGUCAUUAUCCUUGGUCAGACUGUCUUCCCAACAGUUUCUAUUUCGGCUUUAACGUCAGGUCCCGUGCCAGGUGGGCCGUGUGCUAAGGCCUCAGCAAGACGGGGGACAGCAAAGUGGCCGUGUGUUCUCCACUUGGGGGCGGGGGCUCCCUCUGCUCGGUGGGCCGUCCUGUAGGUGUGCCCGAGGGGGACGUCCCGCCUGUGCCCUGGGGGCCGGAGGGACCGGGCGUCCUGGGUUCCACGCGUCCUUGUCUAAAGCCGUCCUGACCUCCUCUGUCUUGUGGGUGAGCUCAGGGGGGUUCCUGUGGCUUGUUUUUACUGCCUAAAUCUUGACCACAGAAGAAAAAAUACAAUUUUUUGGAAGACUCACUCCGCACACAAGAGCGUGUCCCAUAACAAAAGCGUAUUUAAAACCCAUGCCAGUUUUCUGUUGGGUGCCCAAUGUUUUCCUAGGUAAAGUCGCCAAGGGGGCCUGCGCGUCCAAAAAAGGAAGUCAUUUAAAUUAAUGCUGGCGAUCCUGUAGCGUUUUGUAAAACCGUCAUCUCCCGGACCCCACAGGCGCCCCGAUUUUGUACAAUUUGGUGUCACCCUUUGCCAGCGUGUUAUUCUUUCUAACUUUUGCUGAGCUCAGAGCACAAAGACAAGCACACCAGCGGGAAGCAGCUGUUAGUGUUGGAAAGACAUGAAAUUGAGUCGUCUUUUGACGCGUGUGUGUGUUUUCUCUGAACUUUCCUCGCUGCUGGCCAGGACUUUGUUUACACUCCGUUUGUAUUCGCGUCUCCGGGUUUGUCACGGCUCCUCAAAGCCAAGUCCAAUAAAAACUGGUCUUCGCCCUCA